CUAACAUCUCUUCCGCCUUGUGAGAUGUUCCCGCCUCUAUCAGGAAAGAAGGAGAAACUGCAAGAAGCGCGCGUGACUCUCCGAGGCUGUGAAACCACGCCGCUAUGUGUCCAACGAACGACCGUGUUUGUGGGAAAUAAGGGUGCCGAGUCUGCAAGGCAGCUUUGGGGAGUGUGAGAACAGAAAAGAAAAAGUCAAACCGAGCACUGUCCUCGGAUACCCGCAGAGCUAGCCUGAACAUGGCGGAGCAUCAGCCGGUUUACGACAGCAAACAAAGAUCCUUCCAGAGCCCCGGAGCAUCGUACUCCAGUAACGGACGUCCAGAGAGGGACGGGGUGGCCUCAGCUGGAGCGUCCGGGGCUGCAGGUCUGUCCGGCGGCCUCUCGCAGCCGGCAGGUUGGCAGUCCCUGUUGUCGUUCACCGUCCUCUUCCUGGCUUGGCUGGCCGGGUUCAGCUCCAGGCUCUUCGCCGUCAUCCGUUUUGAGAGCAUCAUUCACGAGUUCGACCCUUGGUUCAACUACAGGUCCACUCACCAUCUCACUACCAAUGGCUUCUAUGAGUUUCUGAACUGGUUUGAUGAAAGGGCCUGGUACCCCCUGGGAAGGAUAGUUGGAGGGACGGUCUACCCUGGCCUGAUGCUAACAGCAGGACUCAUUCACUAUGUCCUUAACUUGCUGCACAUCACCGUGCACAUCCGGGACGUGUGUGUCUUCUUGGCGCCUGUUUUCAGCGGCCUGACAUCCAUCUCUACCUUUUUGCUGACGAGGGAGCUGUGGAACCAGGGGGCAGGGCUGCUGGCAGCGUGUUUUAUUGCUAUCGUUCCAGGCUACAUUUCCCGCUCUGUGGCCGGCUCCUUCGAUAAUGAAGGCAUCGCCAUCUUUGCCCUGCAGUUCACCUACUAUCUCUGGGUGAAGUCUGUGAAGACUGGAUCCAUCUUCUGGGCCAUUGGAUGCUGUCUUUCCUACUUCUACAUGGUGUCGGCCUGGGGCGGUUAUGUGUUUAUCAUCAACCUUAUUCCUCUACACGUGUUUGUGCUGCUGCUCAUGCAGCGUUUCAGUAAAAGAGUCUACAUCGCAUACAGCACCUUCUACAUCAUUGGGCUGAUCCUGUCCAUGCAGAUCCCCUUUGUGGGCUUUCAGCCAAUCAGGACCAGUGAACACAUGGCAGCAGCAGGCGUGUUUGUGCUGCUCCAGGUCUAUGCUUUCCUGCAGUAUCUGAAGGACAGACUCACCAGGCAGGAAUUCCAGACUCUCUUCUUUCUGGGGGUGUCUUUGGCUGCUGGGGUGGUUUUUCUCUCAGUCAUCUAUCUGACAUACACAGGUUACAUCGCUCCGUGGAGUGGCCGCUUCUACUCCCUGUGGGACACCGGAUAUGCAAAGAUCCACAUUCCCAUCAUCGCAUCAGUGUCUGAGCAUCAGCCCACCACCUGGGUCUCUUUCUUCUUUGACCUGCACAUUCUGGUCUGCACCUUCCCAGCAGGCCUGUGGUUUUGCAUCAAGAGCAUCAAUGAUGAGCGAGUCUUUGUGGCCUUGUACGCCAUCAGCGCGGUAUACUUUGCUGGCGUGAUGGUGCGUCUGAUGCUCACCCUGACUCCAGUGGUGUGCAUGCUGUCAGCCGUGGCUUUCUCCAGUGUCUUUGAGCACUACCUGGGUGACGAUGCAAAGAGACAGAGCCCCCCUGCAGAGGACAGCAGCGAUGAGGACGACAGAAAGAACCCAGGCAACCUGUAUGAUAAAGCAGGGAAGGUGCGGAAACACGUGUCGGAGCAGGAGCAGGCUGAGGACGGCCUGGGCCCCAACAUUAAGUCCAUUGUUACCAUGCUGAUGCUGAUGCUGCUCAUGAUGUUUGCUGUCCACUGCACCUGGGUCACCAGCAACGCCUACUCCAGCCCCAGCGUGGUGCUGGCAUCGUACAACCAUGACGGUUCCAGAAACAUCCUGGAUGACUUCAGGGAAGCUUAUUAUUGGCUAAGGCAGAACACGGAUGAACACGCCAGAGUGAUGUCAUGGUGGGACUAUGGCUACCAGAUAGCAGGCAUGGCCAAUAGGACCACUCUGGUGGACAACAACACAUGGAACAACAGUCACAUUGCUCUGGUGGGCAAAGCCAUGUCAUCCAAUGAGAGUGCAGCUUACAAAAUCAUGCGAUCUCUGGAUGUUGACUAUGUCCUCAUCAUCUUUGGAGGGGUAAUUGGGUACUCUGGAGAUGACAUCAACAAGUUUCUGUGGAUGGUUCGCAUUGCAGAGGGGGAGCAUCCCAAGGACAUCCGGGAAAGCGACUACUUUACCCCCCAGGGUGAAUUCAGGGUAGACAAAGCUGGCUCCCCCACUCUGCUCAACUGCCUCAUGUACAAGAUGUCCUACUACCGCUUUGGGGAGAUGCAGUUGGACUUCCGGACACCCCCGGGCUUUGACCGGACAAGAAAUGCAGAGAUUGGCAACAAGGACAUUAAGCUUAAGCACCUGGAGGAGGCCUUCACAUCAGAGCACUGGUUGGUCAGAAUUUAUAAGGUCAAGAAGCUGGAGAACAGGGACCGGAUGGAGAACAGGCUGCGCAGCACGGACUCCAGCCGCCAGAAGUUCACAUCAAAGAAGACGGCCAAGAGGAAGCGUGGGUAUGUCAAGAACAAGCUGGUCCUAAGGAAAGGCAAGACCAAGUCCUUAUAAACUCCAUCCACUCAUCAGGCUGUGGACUGGGGUUUCAACAAACAUCACAGCACCAUCACACGAGGAAGGCUGUUUAGACCACUCGCACCUUCAGCUCCAUCAGCCCACAAGACCUCUGAGCUGAGGACUGACGCCCCCCUCGACAAACUGCCACUGUUUUCUUUUUGUACUUGAACAUAUUUGGAUGUGAUGGGAGCUGUCCUGCAUCCAGAACUUCUCUUAAAUGUCUUUCACCUCGAUUGCAGAACCGUGUCUGAACCUGAACCACACAGCCCCUUUCCUGUUCGUGGACCAGCAGGUCUAGCUUCUGCAGGACUGAUGAGCUGCACCUCAUUACAUAAUUCUCCACCAAAGAUUUCCUUAUGGAAGCAUUUGUUCAAGGUUGCUAUGGUUACUGCUUGCCCUCAGCAAAAAAACACAAAGCUGGCAUUCAACAGACCAGCAUGCAUUUAACGCCCUUUCUGAGCAUUUUUAAGUCUGUGUUUAUGCCUGAUGCAUUCACACUCACAGCUGGUUCAACCUCACUGUUUAGUUCAAGCUUACUCACAUGCAGACAAACACUACACACAUGCAGACAAACACUACACACAUGUUCAAACUCUGCACGGGAUGCAGUCUGCUGGCCUUGGCGCCGGCUCCAGAUCCGUCUCUCAGAUACGAGGGACCUGGAUACCUGAAGUUGGGUUUCCUGCCUGUCUGGAUGUUCUCUUUAAAUGUUACAGCAAUUACUAACAUUUUCCCAAGAUCACAAUCGGAGCAAAAAUCACUUGAAGUUUUCAGGAAAAUUUUGCAUCCACUACAGUUUAAAAUCCUGACUGCAGCUCAGAGCAGGCCUGGCGCCAUUGAUGUCUGCAUGCAGCCUCCUGCUCGUGGAUCCUCAGGAAGUGUCAUCAGGCUCUGGUGUUUGUCACAGCAGCUGAUACUCUGGUGAACCCAGCUGCAGCAGCGUUACACAACAACAAACAUUUUCCAGUAAAUUUUCCACAGAAACUGUUUGGUUUGUGCAAACUAACUCCUGUUGCAUUUAAGUGCACCCAGCAUCAGAACGCUCCCAAAACGGGGUUCUGAAGGCUGUGUGGGCCAGAGGCUGCAGAGUCCAAUGAUCCGGUCUUCGAUCUGGUUGUAAUUUCAUCCGUUCAACACUCUUCCUUUGACUGUGAGGAUCUGGAUGCAGGUGUGAUGGAAACAUGCCUUUUUGAAUAAAGAGGUUUAAAUAUGUGGA